AUUAGGACGAGUGUUUGAUCUACCUUUCGGGCGCGCCCUGGUCACGUGGUCGUCUGGUGGUGAAUUGGGUAACGGUGAUUUGGUGCUAAGAAGGCAUGUCCGACGCCGCAAAUGCCGCCGUCGACCAGGAUGGCCCCAAAGUAGUCAAGUUGGGUGAAGCCGGCAGACAGGUGGAAACCUUCUUCUCGGCCAUGGAUCACAGCUUUGUCGAGCUGGAGAUGCCAGAAGGAGCCAUCGAAACGCAGAAGUUCCUUGACUGCUGUCGGUCCCUUCUGCCUGUCUUCAACGUUCUUGGAGCCACCGUCUUCUCCCCGAUCAAAGCGGACAUCCAGGGCAACAUCGACAAGCUGAACAAGCAGUUCAGCACUGACCCCGCUCAGUUCGCCACCCUCCUCAGCAUGGUACAGAAGGAAGUGGACGAGGGAAAGAACGCGCUGAGCGGCUUUGCAGCCGAGGCCCUGCUGUGGCUGAAGAGGGCGCUCGAGUUCAUCGUGCAUCUGCUACGAGAGAUCCACAGCGGGAAGGAGAGCCUGACGGACUGCGCCGGAGCGGCGUACGGCAAAACGCUGAAGCCGCAUCAUAACUGGCUGGUGCGAGGCAUCUUUGCGGUGGCCACGAGGGCAAUGCCUUCCAUGAAGGCCUUUCAGCGGGACCUGGCUCCGACGCCCCAGGACGCCGGGCAUCCUGCUUACACGAAGCAGCUUUUCGCGGACUGCGGGCAGUAUAUCGUCGCUCUGGACGCAGUCCUGGAGACGAUCAAUGCGUUUUAUAGGAAGCAUAAGCUGGAAGAGGUGGCUGUCUGCGUUUCUUAAGACUACUGAACCGGUUCGAUACAUGUGCCUUUGUUUUACGGCAUUGUGACCACUUGUUGCUCUCUUGAAAUAUGUGGGAUUGGCUUUGGGACAGGCAGUCAACCACCAUGAAAAUUAUAACUCCUUGGCUUGCUGUCUUUAUUUUUUUUUAUUUGGAGAGGUGUUUUAAUUGAUCCACGCUCUAUUCUGUUGCUCGCACUGACGUGUCAUGAGACACCACAAAAGGUUGAAGAAAAGCUUGCUAAAACUUGCUUUUAGUAUAUUUUAUUUUUUUACUUUAUUUUACAAUGUUUCUGGCAGUUGGUGAGCCCCGUCUCUCAAUGCACCUGGCCUUUGAGUUUCAGGUGAUUCCUUGUGCCUGCCUUUCUCAAUAUUUAGUGAUAUGAAAGAAUUGCUACAAACCGAAGAGAGAAUUCUCGGCCUCCGGUCACUGUGGGGCCACUGAGAACAUUUUUGCAUAUAUCUCUGUCGCCCAAUGUUGCUUGCUGUUUAUGCUCACUGGACUUAGACCAGUCGGUGUUGUCACUCUCGCCUUACGCCUGAGGGCACUGGUACCUAGCUUUUAAACCGAUUUACAUGACUUAUUGCACUGUGUGCCUUUUAUACAUUUACAGUCGCAUUUUUAUAGCACUUUAUACUUAAAUUCAGAUGCCCUAUAUAAAUGAAUGGCAAGAUGCUUUCUCUAGAACUAUUUUGCAGAACUGAAGCACUGUGAUGGCCAAACUUGUGCCGUUCUGCUCUGCCUUAAGUGCAAGUUGGAGAUCAUGGCUUGCUAGUGCUGCGCCGAGGAGGUUGAACGCUCGUGAUUUAUCCAAACCCAACUGCGGCACUUCUGUGAUAGUCUAACAAAUGAAGGCUUCUGCCUGCCACCAGAGUGUUUCUUUUUAUUCAAAGUAAUUAUUACGGCGUGUUGCAAUAAAAUAUUUUGCCACAAA